AUGUAGGGCAGUUAUCCCACUCCAGGGCACAGCGAUGCAUGUUCUGCUAUGAAUUAGUUCAGUUCAAGACGCAAACUUAUCCCGAGUAAAUGCCUGUCGGCUUUUUAAUAGUGUUGUAGCUAUUCAAAAAAUGAAAUAAAAUAAAUAAAUAAAAUUACACUCGGCGACCUGCAGUGUGGUGGUGGCUAACACUGAUACAUCUGGGACGACACCAUGUUGCAAGGAAAAUACUGAGAGCUGUGAGAGCUGACUUUGCACACUCCCUGAUUCAAACUCGAAGAGGAGACAUGACAACAUGGACAGUUUUUAACGUCUCUGGUGCUGUGCCCCGGGAACCAACAAUCAUCGACAGCGACCAGACCCUCCCAGCCCAUGGUGGCCAUGUCGGCAGAAUCAGUGGCUCUGUAUUGGGGUGUGCUGUCUUCUUCGGCGUCAUCGUUUCCAUCGGUAUCAUUGUCGCUCGGGACUACUACCGCAAAAGGCUGAUGAGGAAUGAUACUUCUACUCUCAAGAAUGUGACAUUUCCUGACGACGGCGUUGAUAACAAGACUCACACAACUGUAGAGGACACCAACGACGGGCAACCUGUGAUGCCAUCACCAACCUUUUGCGCGAGGUCCAAGGCGUCGACUGACAAAACAAGAACAAUCGAGAAUCUUCCGACGGAUGGUGCCGUGUUUACGAAAACAUUUUGAAGGAAACUGUACUAGAGGCCAAGGAAAUCAUUUAUGAGGAUAUAGUAAAGACAGAGAGCGAAACUAGUGAAAGUGCUGUAUAUACACGACAACGCUUUUCAGAAGUCUCGAUGUCGGACCCUCCAUACCUGUCGAUGGAACAGAAUUGUCUUGAGAGUGGAUGGUCAGGAGCAGCGCCUGAUGGUCGAGAAGACUUAUAUAUUCAUCCUAUACCUGACCGUCAUUCUGUGGACACCACGGUUGGUGGUUAUGCCGAGUGUUCUUUCAAUACUAUAUAAAAAUUAUAUUUGACAAUUCUCGUGGCCUUUGUGUGUGAAUAAUGUUCGCUUUAGCUUCCUAAAAAUCUUUUCGUCGUGAAGAUUAUAGGUUACGGCUAAAUAUUUCUAUGGAAAAUGAAUGCAUGUGCAUCGUGAUUUUGUGUGUGUGUGUGUGUGUGUGUGUGCGUAUUUGCGUAUGUGUGAUUGAAUAUCUGUGUGUACAUAUCAUGGGUUUACAUAUUAAACACAUCAUGCAUUUCCUAUGUGCAAGCUUGUGUAUAGUAUGUGUGAGUGAGAGUGUAUGUGUAUAUUUGUAUGUAAGAGUGCAUGCAUGUGUAUAUUUUAAGUUCAUGUAUGUUAAGUGUGUAAAAAUGUGUGUUAUGUGUAUGUUUGGAUGUGUAUAUAUAUAUAUAUUUUUUCAUGUGUAUAUUUCAUAUUUUAAUGUGUAUUUAUGUGUGUAUAUGUAUACGAAUUUCUAUCUUUGUAUGUAAAUGGAUAUGUGUCUAUUUGCAAAUAUAUAUGUGCAUA